CAUAUAUUCUGUGUGGGAAGCGAACGCGCUAAGAUGAUGUUAAGAGGAAACCUGAAGCAAGUACGCAUAGAGAAAAACCCGGCCCGCCUUCGCCGCCAGAGGAUCACCCCGAGGAGGAGAUGGGCUUCACCAUUGACAUUAAGAGUUUCCUUAAGCCGGGCGAGAAGACUUACACGCAGCGCUGCCGUCUCUUCGUGGGCAACCUGCCCACCGACAUCACCGAGGAGGACUUCAAGAGGCUCUUCGAGCGCUACGGCGAGCCCAGUGAGGUCUUCAUCAAUCGGGAUCGCGGCUUUGGCUUCAUCCGCCUGGAAUCGAGAACACUGGCUGAAAUUGCAAAAGCAGAGCUGGAUGGCACCAUUUUGAAGAGCCGACCUCUCCGAAUUCGCUUUGCUACACAUGGAGCAGCCUUAACUGUCAAGAACCUUUCUCCGGUUGUUUCCAAUGAGCUGCUAGAACAAGCAUUUUCCCAGUUUGGUCCGGUAGAGAAAGCUGUUGUGGUUGUGGAUGAUCGUGGUAGAGCUACAGGAAAAGGUUUCGUAGAAUUUGCAGCAAAACCUCCUGCGCGAAAGGCUCUGGAAAGAUGUGGUGAUGGAGCAUUCUUGUUAACAACGACCCCUCGUCCAGUCAUUGUGGAGCCCAUGGAACAGUUUGAUGAUGAAGAUGGCUUGCCAGAGAAGCUAAUGCAGAAAACUCAACAAUAUCAUAAGGAAAGAGAACAGCCUCCACGUUUUGCUCAGCCUGGGACAUUUGAAUUUGAGUACGCAUCUCGAUGGAAGGCUCUUGAUGAAAUGGAAAAGCAGCAGCGUGAGCAGGUUGAUAGAAACAUCAGAGAAGCCAAAGAGAAACUAGAGGCAGAAAUGGAAGCAGCUAGGCAUGAACACCAAUUAAUGCUAAUGAGGCAAGAUCUAAUGAGGCGUCAAGAAGAACUCAGACGCUUGGAAGAACUGAGAAACCAAGAACUGCAAAAACGCAAACAAAUACAACUAAGACAUGAAGAAGAACACCGUCGGCGUGAAGAAGAAAUGAUAAGACACAGAGAACAGGAAGAACUUAGGCGACAGCAAGAGGGCUUUAAGCCAAACUAUAUGGAAAAUAGAGAACAGGAAAUGAGAAUGGGUGAUAUGGGUCCCCGUGGAGCAAUAAACAUGGGAGAUGCGUUUAGCCCAGCACCUGCUGGUAACCAAGGUCCUCCUCCAAUGAUGGGUAUGAAUAUGAACAACAGAGGAACUAUACCUGGCCCACCUAUGGGUCCUGGUCCUGCCAUGGGACCAGAAGGAGCUGCAAAUAUGGGAACUCCAAUGAUGCCAGAUAAUGGAGCAGUGCAUAAUGAUAGAUUUCCCCAAGGACCACCAUCUCAGAUGGGAUCACCUAUGGGUAGUAGAACAGGCUCUGAAACCCCUCAAGCACCAAUGAGUGGUGUAGGUCCUGUGAGUGGUGGUCCUGGUGGUUUUGGUAGAGGAAGCCAAGGGGGCAACUUUGAAGGCCCUAAUAAGCGCUGUAGAUAUUAAACAUUUUUUCUUUCAUUUCUGGCUGUUUAGAAAAAGAAAUGCAAUGGUAUGCCUUUACACUUUUACCUGUUACCUGGAAGAAAUGGUUUUAUUGUCAAUGUAUGUAGACUUUAA